AUGUCAACUACUAGACCUGAACACCUGACCCUUGGUUACCCACCUAAGAGUGCCAACGGUCGUUCCACAUCACCAACUACCAACAACUUACCUGUCGACUCGCCGGGUGCAUCCUCGGUUAGAUCUCCCUUCGGCAUGUCUGGUGUCUUGAACCCGCCAGGCAAGAUGGCAGGUAGCUCGCGUUCUGGGGCUGGUUCUCCUUCGCACGAGACUGCCGGUUCGAGUAGGUUGUAUUCCAAGAGAGCGAGGGAAAUCCAAGCCCAAGAGGGUGUUCCUGGCUUGUCUGGAAAUCCCUGGGGUGGCCCCCCAACCAGUGGUCACUCGACGCCUCUACGAGAAAAUAUUCCCGAGUCACCCACCGAUGGAUUCCCAGACUUUGCGCAACUACCUACCCCCGACAGCUUACCAUCGACACGACGUGCACGAGCAGGCACUGUUCCGUCCAGAUUCCCAGCUGGUGGCAUAGGAAAUGGACUUCUUAAUCUUCCCCCCAUUUCUUCGCAAUCUGGCCGCCCAACUCCAUCCCAGAGUCCGUUCAAAUCACCAUCGCCAAACUUGAACGAAAAUUCCGACUCUGCUCGAUCUUCAAACCUCUUGUCAAGACUCCGAGCUGGAUCAAUGCCACAACGCAGUCCCUUUUCUCAUGGCCCUGGUAGCAGCUCGCCGUUCGGGCCUUCGGUCUUUAGUACCUGGAACCCGACUGGCCGUGAGAGAGGCAAUACUCUUGCUAGCAUAGCGAGUAUUGGAUCAAAUGGACCAAGCUCGCCGGCUCAGUCUGCCUUUUCGAAGGAAGGGCCUGGAGACAAUGAUGUUCAUAUGAGGACUCUCGACUACCUAGGUUUAGCUGAGACUCCGCAGCCCGCUCGUGCUCAGUUAGCUACACCUUACUUACCCGGACUUGCAGACUUCAAUAAGCAAGCAAACAACCGAUUCCGUUCGUAUUCGGUCAACAACAAAGAUAAGUACGCAGAGGAAGAAGAUGGCUAUGAUGACGAGAGUCUGGCCCUCGAGAACCAGUAUGCCGCCCAUCUUCAGGACCAACUGGCUGCUACCAAUGCUGCUAUUCACAGCCAUAAUCUAGCAGUCCAAGGUCUUCAGGCUUUUGCGACUCAGGCCUCAGCUACUCGGCCACGUGCUCGCACGGCUGGAGUUUUAGAACUACAGGGAGCAGGCUCAAGAUUGAUGCGAAACUAUUACCCUACCCCCUCGCGCCUUGAUAAUGCGAUGUCUGCCGCUGAGAUCCGAUUGCCCGAAGAGAAGGAGUUUGAUGACCUCCCAACAGCUGUCGCUGCGAUGAAUCUAGGUAGAUCGAACAGCCGGAACAAUGGCCUAUUGACAGCCGAGGAGGCUGGUCUUGAGGGCCCUACGAGUGCACUAUGGCUUGGCAGCAUCCCGACUUCGACCACCACGUCGACUCUGACUGAAAUGUUCAAGUCAUAUGGUCCAAUUCUCUCCGCGAGAGUCUUGACGCACAAGAAUUGUGGCUUCGUUAACUUCGAAAGGAUCGAUAGUGCUAUUUCGGCGAAAGCUAGCAUGAAUGGCAAAGAGAUUUUCCCUGGAGCUGGCCCAAUUCGUAUUAACUUUGCCAAGCCACCUUCUGCAUCGAACACACCAGGCCAUGAUGGAGUAUUCCCAAGUCCUAGCCCUGAUCCAUUCGCGAAGAACCAAGAUGGAGGUAUCUCUGGCGCCGCCACUGCUGCCGGCGAUCAUGCAGCAAAUGCCUCGAAUGCAACGAAUGCUGUACCGGUGAUUCCCUCUCUACGUGAUAUGAUGACGGACAUUAUGCUCAUUGUCAAGUCAUUUGGUGCUACCGAGGACGACACGUACCGCAUAUCCCACAGUCUUUCGCAGUCGGUUCAGUUUAAUGCGUUCGUUGACGAAAUCCCUCCUAUCCGAGAGCCUACCCACACCAGAGUUCACGAUGCUCCAAAACUGAGGGAUAUUCGAAAGCGCAUCGACAACCAGAGUUUGUCCCCGGGCGAGAUAGAACACAUUGCUACUGAGAUGUUGCCAGAGAUCGCCGAGCUGUCCUCAGAUUACCUUGGAAACACGGUGGUCCAGAAGUUGUUUGAGCAUUGCUCCGACAACAUUCGAGAUCUGAUGCUGGCUAAGAUUGCCCCUCACAUGGCCGAGAUCGGUGUGCACAAGAAUGGUACUUGGGCAGCGCAGAAGAUCAUUGAUGUUUGCAAAACACCACAGCAGAUGACCUUGAUUGUUCAGAACUUGCGACCUUACACUAUUCCACUAUUCCUAGAUCAGUAUGGCAAUUAUGUUCUGCAGGGGUGCCUCAAGUUCGGCUCUCCAUUCAAUGACUUCAUCUUUGAAACCAUGCUUAGCAAGAUGUGGGACGUUGCCCAAGGUAGAUAUGGCGCCCGAGCCAUGCGAGCGUGCCUCGAAAGUCAUCACGCGACGAAGGAUCAACAGAGGAUGCUCGCUGCCGCCAUUGCUCUUCACAGUGUGCAACUAGCCACCAAUGCCAAUGGCGCCCUUCUACUAACUUGGUUCUUGGACACGUGCACGUUCCCCCAGCGACGUAAUGUGCUCGCUCCUCAGCUCGUUCCCUAUCUCGUCCAUCUCUGCACGCAUAAGGUUGCCUAUCUUACGGUUCUGAAGGUCAUCAACCAGAAAGCCGAACCAGAUGCAAGGGACGCCAUCUUGAGAGCUCUGUUCUUUGCCCCCAAAGACCAGAUCCUGGAGGCUAUCCUGAACGAUCACUCAUGCGGCUCUACAUUGAUCUUUAAGGUCCUCACGACACCCUUCUUUGACGAGAGCAUUAGAGGCCAAGUAGUCGAGAACGUGAAGAGUGUUCUCAUUCGCAUCAAGGCGCAGCCUAACCAAGGCUACAAGCGCCUUAUGGAUGAGGUUGGUUUAUCUACUCGCACUGGAGGAGGAGGAGGAGGAGGCGGCGGCGGCGGCGGCGGAGGGUCUCGCGAUCACUCCGUGGGUAACAACACCUCGACAGACCGACAACGGCCGACGUCUCGUCAAGCUCAAGCGAAUGCUGCUGCCGUGCAGCAAAACUCUCAACAAUACGGCAACCAGUACCUUAACCCGCUCAAUCCCGCUAGUAAUGCCUCGAAUUUUGACAUGAGUGGCUUCCCGGUGCCUAGAAGUGAGAGUGCAGAGUCUGGCAUGUCUUCCUUCCCAUCUUAUGGCCAAGGGCAAAUGUUUAAUGUAAACAACGGAUCGAUACCCCCGACAAACCUCCAACAAUUGCAGUACCAGCAGAAUAUGCUCCCACGCGGAACACCGCCCAUGAACAACUACUACCCUCCGAUGCAAGCAGGAUUCGGGGGAGGUUACAACAACCCUAACGCUUCCAUGGAUCAAUAUCGUGGCCAGAACGCCUCGAACGGCAGCCCCAUUCAGCCGCCUGGAGCUCCAGCAGGUUUCGCGCCUCCCGGAUUUGGAAUGGGCGUGAACAUGGGAGGCUACGGAUAUGGCAAUGCCAUGCCCUACGUUCAGGAGCAGCCAGUGAACGCCAGGCGCGGACGCCUAUGGGCGAUCCACCCAAGGCCCGACAAAGAGAUCGGCAUGGUUACGCUGUGGAGGGCAGGAAACCACACUGGUAUUACUUGGAUCCCCGUACGACGUACGGUUUAUUUCAUCAAACUGGACCCGUUUACGCGAUUCUUAUAG